AAGACAGAGAAAAAGUCACUUAUGACUGUAAUUUAGGGCUGUGCUGCUGUUACUAUAGACUACACUCACACACACGCACACUCACACACACCUACUGUGGAAGUGCGCGUUAGGACGUGGGUCGAGUCCAACUCGCGCGUGUCAUGUGUCUACGUGGUUCACGCAAACGCCUGUUGUGAAUGGCUUUGCAUCACUCCGGAGGCGUUUAUGAAUGAAGUGUUUUUCGUAUAAGGGAGAAACAAGGAAAGGUUUGGUGGCGAAGGACUGCUGAACCCGCGCGCACCGGAGCGCAUAGUUGACUGACGUCUCGGAUACUUUGUCAGUUUCUUUUCGGCCGUCAACUUGUCUCUGAGCAUCGUACCUUUCGCGAAGUAAUCUCAGGAACCUGCUGAAUCGGUUGAAAUGGAUAUGUCUAAACUAAUGCUGAUUUUAUUCAUCACCUGCUCGUUAGGACCUAUGCUGUCUGCCCAGAUGUGUGAGGUCAUGUGGGAGCUGGAAGCGGAGAAAAGAGAAUGUUUGUCCAAGCUGGAAAAUGUCACAUCAGGUUGCACAGGUGAAUGGGAUAUAGCAUGCUGGCCAUCAGCUAGGAUUGGGGAGUUGGUAACCAUCCCCUGUCCGAAUUACUUCAACCAUGUCAGUGAUCAGAAAGGAAACAUAUCGAAGACUUGUACUCCCAACGGCUGGACAGAAAUAAAGCCAGUUGUCGCUGCAUAUAACUGUGGCUAUGACCCCAAUAACACAGAGGAUAGAAACAUGGGUGAAUUCCUGGGCUCUGUGAGAAUUGGAUACACUAUUGGUCACUCUGUGUCUCUUAUAUCCCUCAUCAUCGCCAUCAUCAUUCUGUGCCUUUUCAGAAAACUCCACUGCACAAGGAACUACAUCCAUAUUCACCUGUUCAUGUCCUUUAUACUGAAGGCUGUGGCUGUAAUGAUGAAGGAUGUAGUCCUGUAUGAGGUGGAGGAAGCUGAGGACUGCCACCAUGGAUUUGUGGGCUGCAAGGCUGCCUUGGUUUUCUUCCAGUAUGGCGUGAUGGCCAGUUUCUUCUGGUUGCUGGUGGAGGGUCUGUAUCUGCAUGCUCUCCUGGCCGUAUCCUUCUUCUCUGAGAGGAAGUACUUCUGGUGGUACAUUCUCAUUGGCUGGGGAGUUCCAGGUGUCUUCAUAACAAUCUGGAGCAUCACAAAAGCUUAUUUACAUGAUAUUGGAUGUUGGGAUUUUAUUGACGAUGAUCUGUGGUGGAUUAUAAAAACCCCUACAUUGAUAACAAUACUGAUGAACUUCAUUCUCUUUAUUUGUAUCAUCCGGAUACUUCGUCAGAAAAUCAGUUCCCGGGAUAUUGGGAGAAAUGAGUCACACCAGUACUCGAGACUGGCAAAAUCAACUCUGCUUUUGAUUCCCUUGUUUGGGAUAAACUACAUCAUUUUUGCCUUCAUGCCUCAUCACAUCAAGUCUUAUGUGCGUCUGGUGUUUGACUUGAUCCUGGGGUCCUUUCAGGGAUUUUGUGUCGCGGUCCUGUACUGUUUUCUAAAUGGAGAGGUCCAGUCUGAGAUCAAACGAAAGUGGAGGCGGUGGCACAUGCAGAGAUUUCUGGGAGCUGACACCAAAUACCAGCAGCCCUCGACGGCAAGCAACGGCCUCAACUUCAGCUCCCAAAUCACCAUGAUGACAAAAUGCAGCCCCUCCACACGCCGCGCUUCCUCCUGUCAAGAUGACUUCUCCUCCGUCUGAGCACUGAGUGAUGCUUCGUCUUUGACAAGACACACAAACCAUUGAGUCUGCGCACUGUCACCCGGACCACCUCAAUCAUCUGCAGGUUGCUGCUCUGCCAUCAUUCCUGUAGGAUCUGUGCAUCUCACCGCUCAGUAGGAACGUGAGGGAAACUGUGCAGCUCAUGGUGACCGUUUGGCCAUUCGUUCAUACACAUCGAGCAGGAGAGAAACAUGCAAGUAAAAUGGUCUCUUUGACGUUUGAUUGUGUUUCACCAAACUACUGUGUCAAGCGGCGCUAGCUUUAUAAGGAUGCAAUAUUGACUCUGAGAAGACUCGUUUGAAUCAUUGCCCUGUUUUCGUGCACAGCAACACAGAAAUUAAUCUUCAGCUCUAGAGUUGGUAUCUGUCAGUUGUGUUUUUCUGUUUUCCCUGCCCUCAUUAUGCCGCUCAAGAUUUCUCAGUCUCUUAAUAAUCUGUAAAGCUGAACGGUGACCUUUUGGGUCUCUAGUGAGCAGGUUUUAUUUUUAUCUUCUUCCUUAUUCCAGGAAAAAAGUCUGACAUUCUGUUUUUGCAUCCUCCCUAUUCGUGUCAUGUGCUUGCGUGUCUGUGUACAUGUGGACAAACACAAACGUCUCUCAUCGAGAGCCAUAAAAGCAUGUUUGCUUGUGCAGCAGUAGUGCGUCAUGCUAUAUCUUUUAUAAUAGUGAUUUAUUGUGUAAUUGUAUACAUGUGAAAAUUGACAUUUGUUCUGUAACUGUGUUCUGUAAUUGCAAAAGAUGCAUUUUUAGGAGAUUGGUCUUUCUAAGGGUAUUUUUAGUCUGAAAUCUUUUUAGCUGUCAUAAGUGCAUGCGCAGAGUUAGUCAUAGUAGCUGCCAUGAAAAUGCUCCUAUGUUUGCAUGCACAGUUCUUUUGUACCUCAUUGUGAAUAAGAUGUACAUUUAAGAGAAAAUGUCAGUAUAUGAGUGUUUAUUGCUGUUUUUGCAAAGUGCAUUGUGGAUGUUGUUAAGUAUACAGAUCAAUUUUAUUACAGUAGAUCUUUGAAUGUCUUUUCUCUUCAUAUAAAAGUAUGUAUAUGCUGGUCAGAGAAAAUAACAGAUUUUUAUAUUAAAUUAUGUAUUAUUUUUAUUUUAACAAGUCACUAUCACCAGUGUGCAAUUUUU